AUGGCCGACAUAAUGGACGGCCUAGCUUGCCCUAGUGCCGAGACGCCAUGCCGCGAACGAUGCAGACUUGUCUGCGAUUUCUUUGGCAGGGUGAUGUGCAACCCUAUCUGCUCCAUCACGCCGCCGGAGCUGGUAGCGUUGGACCACACCUGCGUGAACCAGGCCAUCGGCCCUUGCCUGACCAGCUGCAACAGGUUGUGCGAGGCCCUCUUGGUUCACACGAAUCCCUGA